AUGAAUUACGCCUGUUGCCAUCAAACCACUUUUCAACAAUGCAUUUCAGAUUCCUCACAGUCAUCACAUGGAAACUGGCCUAAUACAUCUAAGAGCCCAGAUAACGCACUUCAGUUGACCGGUAAUUGGAGAAAAUCCAGUUCCAGUUGGCUUGAUGAAGGGGUUCGCAGUAACGAGACUUUCAGUUUGCGUUCUGCCCAUUACCCAGUAGAUUCAUAUGCUGUCUCUAGGUCAGCAAUAGUUCCAGCUCUGCGACCAGCCAGCCGAGGACAUCCCCGAGGUUUUGACAACAGCUACUCAGGUCUACGACCCAGUCCAGUCACCCGGGGUGGGACUCGAGCCCAAAUCUGUAGGUGGUCAAUGGCGGUCUGGUUCCUUGUGACGCUUUUGACUUGA